UCUGGGUCUCUUAUCGGAACCAGAGGAUAGGACGGCCUGCAGCAAAGAGCUAGUCACAUCGGGCACCACAUCCUGUCCUGCAACGAAUUCCAGUGCAACGAAAUGCAAAUAAACGAAAGCAUGGCGCCCAAGUAGAACAUUCCACCAGCGCCCGACAGCAAGCCAACAAGCUUCAGCUCCUGCUUCUCUCUAUUCCGAUUUCCACUCCGAGUUUGAUAUACGCGACCGCGUUCGACCCACUCGAAUCCGUAUCGGUAACCGGGAUGACGGAGCAGAAGAAUCAGGUGACGCGCGCUGCACCGGAGCAGAGCAACGAUUACCGCGUGGUGGUUUUUGGAGCCGGCGGCGUGGGCAAGAGCUCACUGGUGCUGCGCUUCAUAAAGGGCACGUUCCGCGAAAGCUACAUCCCAACAAUCGAGGAUACGUACAGACAGGUCAUAAGCUGCAACAAGAACAUCUGCACGCUGCAAAUCACGGACACCACGGGAUCGCAUCAAUUCCCGGCUAUGCAGAGGCUGUCCAUCUCGAAGGGGCACGCCUUCAUCCUGGUCUACUCGGUGUGCUCCAAGCAGAGUCUGGAGGAGCUGCGACCCAUCUGGGCGCUUAUCAAGGAGCUGAAGGGCGCCGACAUUCCCAACAUACCCGUAAUGUUGGUGGGCAACAAGUGUGAUGAGACCGCCGAGUUGCGAGAGGUCUCCCAAGCGGAGGGUCAGGCCCAGGCGACCACCUGGAGCAUAUCGUUCAUGGAGACGUCGGCCAAGACGAACCACAAUGUGACCGAGCUGUUUCAGGAGCUGCUCAACAUGGAGAAGACGCGCACCGUCUCCCUGCAACUGGACACCAAGAAGCAGAAGAAGCAGAAGAAGGAGAAGAAGUCCAAGGACACGAACGGCUCGAUACCGGAGAACGGCGAUGCGGGGGCCAGCGCCAGCGGCGGGGCCAAGGAGAAGUGUCGCGUUAUGUAAGCAUCGGAUGGCCAAAGAGCCAGAUGGCCAGAUGGCAUGGCCAUGUGACCCGGGUCACAUUGCGUCGAGCUGAAGUGAACGGAGACGACGGUGACAGACAAAUACUCGCCUUGGGGCAGCACCCUUGGGUGGGGGGUUGCUGGCUUAGGUAGCCACCCACACGGGCCACGCCACACCACACCACACCACGCACCGCACACACCACUUACACCAUACCACAUACCACACACAAUCCCCACUUUAUCCACAUAUAGAGUUACAUGCAUAACGAGACACUUGUAUUUAGGAACUGACUGGAUAAGUCGCACCACGAUUGCAAUUACGAUUACGAGUAUAUUUUGCAUAGGUUAUAUAUUCUAUUCGAGCCGAUCAGAUCUUUCUAGUCGCACAGAGACACGAUACCACGUACUGCAUACAUAUAUACAUAUAUACUAAUCCAAACACACCACGGAAACUAACCCUAAGUUUGCACAUAAUCGCAUCUGAAACGUAACGGCAUACAUAUCAAAUGUUUACAUACUUACAUACAUACUGCAUGAUCCAUCAGCCAUUCCAUAACCAGAUAUCGAAACGAAAUCGAACGAAGCUAUACACUAAUAUCUCUAAUGAAAGCCAAAGUACCUACUUAAAGACAUAGAAUCUGUAUCUACUACGAUAUGAUAACAAAAUAUUUACAUGGAUCCAUCAACGUAAGACUUCUCCGUGAUCGCCACAUAGAGAGCAUCGCGAGGCAACCGGAAACGGAAGUGGCCGCAAUUGGCCGAAAAUGGCCGAUGCCUCCCCCUGACUAUCAUUGCUGUUUAACUAUUUACCACCUAACCAGAAUAAUACCGAUUCGGACGAUUCGCCCCGAUCGCCAUAUAAGCUAAUGUAUAAAAUACUCAAGGCCAACAACACCGACAGCCCACAGUCCGUAAAACAGAUGAAAGAAGAAAUUCGCAAUGGCAUUGUGUUUUUUGUAUUAUAUUAAAUAUGUAUGUACAAUUUUACACUUAUUUGCUGAACUUUAUUGAGCAGCUUGAACUUUCUCAGUAGUAGCCAGAUCGAUCAGUCAGAGAGUUAGCCUAAGUCAGAAUCACGUUUAAGUACAAUUGCAUUCGCAUUCAUCGUGUGAGCCAAGUAACGCGUACAUCGAAGGAUAUUUGAAGAGCAUAUGGUGCACUUUUUGCAGUAGCGUAGAUGGGAUAUAAGUUGCCUGUUUUUAAAACACCUACCUAUCUAUCUAUAUGUAUGUAUGGAUGGAUGUAUCGUACGUACGUAUAACAUAACACAGACCGUUCCCAAUUGUGGUAUUCGUUAUUUAAAUAGUUAGUUGGCUUGUGCGUAGAGUCGUAGGCGUAGGAGUUGAACAAAUUGUUUCGCAUAGUUUGCUGUUGUUUGAUAUUAAGAGGAUAAGUUUUUUUAAAUUUUACCAAUCGGACUAAGUGAAUGAUAUGCUUUAAACGCUGCUAUACCAAUUAGCCAAAUAGAGGGGCAUGUAAUUACAUUAAUUAUGAUGUUGCUCAUCAAACUGGUAACUUUGGCUGCUGGUCCGCCGUCCAGCAGUGCCGGACAAAUAAAAGUAGAACAGCCGCCAACACAAAUCAGAUGGGGGGACAUUACCCACUAGAUCUUAACAAAAACAAAAUAAAUUGUUGAAUUCGAGUAGAGAAAUUAUUAAUCAAGAUUAUGAUAGCGGACCAAUUUGCGUAUAAGAUUUGUGAAAUCAAUUUAGAUAAAUUAUCUUGGUUUGCCAUAGACCUGGACGAUUACGACGAUAUGCCAGCCUUAGUUGAGAAUUCUAGUUAGCCUGCCUGUGCUUUGGGUUCUGCUUGGUGUUUUACUAGGUUUAGGUACGUUUAAUUGUGAACAGCAAACUGGGUUUUGACUAUUCAGUAUGUGCCGUAUAUUGGAUAACAUUCUCUGCAUACAGUACACUUCACUAAUGCGUAAAGUUACUUAGUUGCAUACGAAUUAUAAUAACAAUGAAUUGUAAUCAAAACAUAAUACAUUUUAGGUGCAUGAUUUAAAAUACAACGAAUAAAUAUAUUUACACCGAAAUUCUUUUCUAAUUUUUUCUUACAAGUAUAUACACACACUAUAUAGAUCUAUAUACAUAGAUAUAUAAAUAUAUUAGUUGUAUACAUAUUAAAUUAGAUUUUACAAGAUUCGAAAACCGAAUAUUUAAUUAUCGCUUACAUUCAAUUAAUACGCAACUCACAAAUGAGCGCCCACUGCUAAUAAUAUUAUUAUUAAUAAUCGCCUGAGCGCCAAGUUGUAAAUAUAAAUGAUCAACAAGUUACAUAUAAAAAUUAUAUCCGAUUUUUUGAAGGGCCGGCAUCAUAAUAAUAACAAGCAAAAUAUAAACAGUUUCGUGGCCUACUUAAAAGAUCUUAUUGUUGAAGAUUUAUCUUAAUAACACUUAUCGCGCAAAUGAGAUUAAGUACAUGCAAAAUAAUUUAAAUAAAAAUUUAACUAUGACAAAUC